AUGAUUUCUCCCUUUGCGACCUCACUGCAGCUUCAAAAAAAUACUCAUACGAUACCUCGUCCUGCAACACUUUUGCUCACAGAAACAGAAUCUCAAAUUCUUCAGUUGUUGUCAGAGACAGCUACUCAUAUUCAUGCAAAUAACCCUGAUCAGCCUCCUUUGGUUCUUCGUGUUGCUGGUGGUUGGGUGAGAGACAAGCUACUUGGGAGAACCUCGGAUGAUAUUGAUAUUGCUAUCGACACCAUGAAGGGUGAACCAUUUGCACGUCAUCUUAAAGAAUACAUGCUGUCUAAAAGUAUGUCUCUAGGAACCAUAUAUACAAUACAAGUUAAUCCAGAUCGAUCCAAGCAUUUGGAAACUGCCACUGUGCGGGUGUUGGGACGUGAUCUCGAUUUUGUUCAUUUACGUACCGAGAUAUAUGAUGAGAACUCUCGAAACCCAAUAGUAGAAUUUGGCACUCCAUUGCAAGAUGCGCUCCGUAGAGAUAUUACAAUCAAUACCUUGUUUUACAAUCUAAAUACUCGGGAGGUAGAAGAUAUGACAGGACAUGGACUUGAUGAUCUGAGUGCAGGACUUAUUCGUACACCUUUGGAGCCACUAUCCACAUUUGUAGAUGAUCCGCUUCGUGUUUUGAGAGUCAUUCGGUUUGCUACUCGAUUUGGAUAUGAGAUUGUUUCCAAUAUUUUAAAAGCAGCUUCUGAUGAUUUAAUCAAGACCGCAUUUAUUAAAAAAAUCUCUCGUGAACGCAUUGGUGUAGAAUUGAACAAGAUGCUUGAAGGACCAGAUCCUGUGCGAGCCAUCAAGAUAUUGCAGGAUAUUGAAUUCUAUCCUUUGGUGUUUUUAGCUCCUCCAAAUAUCUGUCAGGAAACUGUUGUGCAUGAAAAGUAUGCUUAUGUAGCAAACUACAUUUUAAAACUUAUGAUUCAGAAAGGGAUUCUUGCUGAAAUGGGAAUAUCUCAGAUUCCCCUUUCUCUUCAAGACUCUCGAAACCUACAUUUGGCAGCAACGGUGCUGCCUUAUCAAGGAUUGACAUUUAGACUAAAAAACAAGUAUAUUUCUGUAGUUAGGCACGUUGUUGGCACAUCCAUUAGAUUGAGCAAACACGAUGGAGAUACUGCCCAUGCACUAUUGGAUAGCUCCUUGCAUAUUCGUGAUUUAGCGAAUCAAAACUUUUAUAAUGACGGAAACACUGAUCGAACUACAUUGGGAAUGUUUGUUCGCGAACUUGGUGCUCGUCCACUAGGUGAAAAGUGGGAUCUUGCUGUGCUCAUGGCACUGGUGCAUCAGUUGACAGAGAUUGCAUUUGAACUUGCGGACCCGUCCCAGUUUUCCUUGAAUGAUGAAAAAGUUGUUCAUGCAAUUGCAGUCUAUUCCAAAUUACUUACAUCAAUUAUGAGCCAUCAAGUUUAUGAUACAUACAAUACAAGGCCAUUGCUUGAUGGUAAAGAAAUUGCAACAAUUUUGGGGGUUAAGCUAGGUCCACAGAUUGGAAGAUAUCUCUACCAUGUCAUGGAAUGGCAGCUUUCUCAUGUAAAUUCGACCAAAGAGCAAUGCGUUGAAUUUGUCAAGGCACGAUUUGGCCAUCAUACAAACGCUGCUGCCAAUUCUUCAAAACCGUCUAAAUCUGUCGAGUAA